AUGCUGGAAGCAGAAUUUAAGGCAUUCAAGUCAGGGAACACAAAAGGUGGGAGUGGCCCAAGCUAUGGAGAACGAAGGAAAGAGAGUCACCAACAAGAGAUCUCACGUGCUACUCAGCUGGGCAAAGAGAUGUCAAAGCUAAGAGGUAAUUUGGUGGAUCCUUCUUCUGGACAUCGGCCACCACAAGAAAAAGCCGGAAAAGGAAAGAAAGGUACGUCUCGUUCUGUUCCGAAACGAUCCAAUCAACCAGGUCCUGCUCGGCAGUUGCGCGCCAAUGCUUCGCAAACGGACACCGGCCAAUCACAGCCACAUACGUUUCUGUCACAUCCCUAUACCAAUCACUCGCAACAGUGCGCAAAUCCACUGCAGCGUUACCCCAACCAAUCGCAACAACACGCCAGUUCGUCGCAACAGUGCGCCCAUCCGUCGCAACAGUAUGCUAAUCUAUCGCAACAGUAUGAUAAUGCAGCUUCACAGUAUGCUAACCCACCGCAGCAGUACGGAAAUCCACCGCAACAGUACUCCAACCAACCGCAACAGUACGGCAACCCACCCCACUAG